UGCUUAAAGCAUUCAAUAAUUAACUGUUUAUGGAUACUUGUUGAUUCGUGACAGUAAAAACCUGGAUUUUAAACUAUUCUUUAGAGUAAUAUGGAGUAAUGGUUUUAAUAAGGAUCUUAAACUCAAUGAAAUAUAAAGUUAGUAGUGAUUUAAUAACCAAGCGCUAUGUUUUCGACUAGAACAGUGUUAAUCUUGUUUUUCUGUUUGUACGUGCUAUCUGUUGAAUGUGGUGGCGGAGGCGGUGCCAGGUCAAGUGGCGGCGGAUACGCAAAGUCCUCAUCUGGAGGAGGGAAAUCCGCUAAGUCUCAGGGAGCAAAAGGAUUCUUGGGAGAGCCUGUUAAUGGAAAACUUCAGAACGGUGGUAGUUUACCAAAAACCAAACCAGGAGGGAGAUUUCUUUCAGCAUGGGGUAUUAUAUCGUUAAUAAUGCUUGUCAUUGUAGGCUCUGCUUUGAUUUACUACACUUCCAUAUUUUAUCCUCUUGUUUGUGCAGAAAGAGGAAAAUAUGAUGUGAUGGAAAUGACAGCAGUUUAAUAGAAUUUUACGUUAACAAAAAUUGCUCUCUACUUUAACUUUAAACGCUUAUAAGUGAUAUUAAAAAGAAAAAAAUGCACAUGGCUAUUUGGUGUACCUAUAGUUACGUAAUGACUACUUUUUUGUGAUAAGACAAAUUUGACUGACAGAAUUAAGUAUAAAUUAUUCUAUGUAUUGCUUUUUUUAAAAUUUUUUUAAAUCGAUAAUUAAUUUAGAUUGUUAAUAUAAUAUAGUUUGUUCAUAAUGUCAAUAAAUUAUCGUAUUGCACUGGGGUAAGUUCAAUGAAAUUCUUAAUAUAAAACUCAUAUCACAAGUGGUUAAUUUAUUUGGUGAUAUUAAAUUGAAUUUUAGCUUAAAAUCUAAUUGUGCACCUAAGCAUUAUCAAUUUUAAGAUUAAAUUAAAUGCAUUAAUGAAUUAUAAAAAAUGGAUAUUUAUUUGCUAAGAUUUGUAAUGCCACUUUCUUGUACCUUGGAAAAUUUCAGAAAAUGUAAUUAAUAUACGGUUACUUUAAGUAUUAUU